UUGACAGAGUCUAUGUGUAUAUUUAAUUUGAAACUGGAUUUUAAAAAGCGUCACACAAUUUAAAAGUAUUGUACUCUGUAAAAAAGGGAUUACUUAAUAAUAUUUAUAUAUUGUUAAUUAAAUAUGGAUGAUCAUUCAUUACCAUCGGUGGAAAUUUUGAAGUGUGCUUUACCAAAACUUCAAAAACCUAUAUUGUUUCGGAAUAUGCUACGAAAUUCCGAUGAUUUAUAUGAAUGGAAAUUGCUCAAUUGGAGUUUUUCAGAUCUCGUUGAAAAAUUUGGAGACAAACAAUUACCGUUUCGAGUUGGCGUUUAUAAUAAGUGUACGCAUCAUCGUCGGCGCAUAAGUUCUCCUACAAAACUUUGUAAAUUGACACUGCGAGAGUUUUUUAUAGCAACAGGUGAUACAACAAAAGAAGGAUAUGAUAAGUGGCUUUAUUGUGACUACAAACAUAUAAAGGAGUUUAGUGAUAAACCAGAAAUUAUUGAGGCUUUUAAUUGGCUCAAAUUCGGUAUUGAUGAAGAAUUUGGAAAAAAUGGAUUGUACUCUACUAUUUGGAUUGGAAGCAAAGGUGCUCAUACCGAUUGUCAUUGGGAUACUUAUGGAUACAACUUGGUAGCACAAAUACAUGGCAGGAAGCUAUGGUUACUUUAUCCACCAAGUGAUUCUUUGCUACCAGUUAGACUUCCUUAUGAGGAAUCAACUGUAUAUAGUAAAAUUGAUUUUUAUUGUUUGAGUAUGGAAGAAAGAGAUCUUUUACUUAAAAUCCCAGAUAAACCAAAAUUAAUAAUUCUUGAACCUGGGGACGUUUUGUUUGUGCCUAAUGGCUGGUGGCAUUAUGUGGAAUCUUUAGAUAAUAUUACUGUGAGUGUUAAUAUAUGGGGAAAAUUAAAAACGGACAAUAGAGCACGAGUCAAGGAAGCUCUUGUUAAAUUAAUAGUAGCCAAGAUGAGAAACUAUAAGCAAUUUAAAAAUAAAAUUGAAUAUGUCGUCACUGAAUGCAUAAAAGAAGAGGAAAAGGAAAAAAAUGAGAAAACAGAAUUACUUCAAGAAACACCUUUAAAAAAAUUUAAACCUACUAUAUGGACAGCAGAAGAUUUAGCUGAACAAUAUCCUAAUUAUAUUGAGUUGUUACAUGAUGCAGAAGAACAUGAAUUUAAAGAAUUCAUUGAGCAAAGACUGAGAAGAAAUAAACAAAAAUAUCUGCUGGACGAAGAAACUGCAUCUGAAGAUGAUGUAUCUAAUCCUCCACAUGACUCAUUUUUAGAAUCUGUUAUUAAUGCCUUAUGUCAUCCAGAUGUUAUUAGUAAAGCAGCACAAGUAUUAUUAGAAAAACAUUAUUGAUAUAAUCAAUUAGUUUUUAAUAAACAUAAAUUUGUACAUAUAGAAACAUACACAUACACAGAUAGUUUUAUAUACUCUUAUCUUUAACAAAAAAUUUCUAAGUUUUAUUUCAGUCUGUUAAUCAAAUAGUUUAAGAUAUAAUGUGCCUCGUAUACCUAGUCUUUCUAUAAUAUAAUUUUAAUAUUUAAAUAUACAUAUUUCUUGAUUAUAUUAGUUUAAUUAUAAAAUAUAUAAAAUUCUCAUAUGUGUGUGUAUCGUACAUAUAUAUCGCAUAUAUAUCGUAUA